AUGGCAGAAGGAAAUCUCACCAUGUGGAAUGAGUUUAUCCUUUUGGGUCUGACUGACCGAGUGGAUCUGCAGGUGGCCCUCUUUCUGUUUUUUCUCAUGGCCUAUAUUGUCACCGUGGUAGGUAACCUUGGGAUGACGAUGCUGAUCAAGAUUGAGCCCCAACUUCACACCCCCAUGUACUUUUUCCUCAGCAAUUUAUCUUUUGUCGAUUUCUGUUACUCAUCAUGCGUCACUCCCAGGAUGCUAAUGACCUUCUUGUCAGAAACCAAAGCCAUUUCUUUUAUUGGGUGUGCGUCCCAAGCUUAUUUCUUUGGGGCAUUUGCAACCACUGAGGUAUUCCUUCUGGCUGUGAUGGCAUAUGAUCGAUACGUGGCCAUCUGCCACCCACUGCUCUAUAGAGUCACUGUAUCCCCCAGGGUCUGUGUUGUCCUGGCAUCAAUUACUUACUUUGGUGCCUUUGCAAAUUCACUUAUUCAUACCUAUCUUACAUUUAGAUUGUCAUUCUGCCAAUCCAAUGUGAUCAAUCAUUUCUUCUGUGAAAUUCCACUACUGUUACAACUCUCUUGUUCAGAUACGAGCAUCAAUUUCCUACUGAUGUUUAUCUGUGCUGCUUUUAAUAGCUUGAGCACACUUUGGACUAUCCUGAUCUCUUAUAUUUGCAUUCUUGCUGCCAUCCUAAGGACCCAAUCUAGAGAGGGGAAACGGAAAGCCUUCUCCAUUUGUGCUUCCCACCUAACUGCUGUUUUCAUUUUCUAUGGGACCCUGAUCAUCAUGUAUCUUCAGCCACAUUCAAACUCUUCCCUGAAUCAGAACGGAUUGGUCUCCGUGUUUUAUACUGUGUUCAUCCCCUUGCUGAAUCCUCUGAUCUACAGCUUGAGAAACAAAGAAGUGAAAAGUGCCUUUAGGAAAGUAAUGGAGAUGAAGGUGCUUUCUCUGUUUUUUGAUGAUUAA